AUGGGUCCCACCACCUUCCUGGGGCUCUGCCUGCUGGGGUGCCUGGUGCUGGCCCCCUCCCUGCCGGGGGCUGAGGCCACCCGGUGUCCCCGGGGGUGGCUGUCCUUCGAGGGACACUGCUACGGCUACUUCGGGCAGCAGCUGAGCUGGAGGAGGGCUGAGGCGUGGUGCCAGGCCACCCGCGGGGGCCACCUGGCGUCGCUGCACAGCCCCGAGGAGCACCGGGCGCUCGCCGCCUUCCUGGCGCGGCGGCCGCGGCGCGGAGAGGACGACGAGGAGGGCGAGAAGGACCGGGACAGGGACAGGGACAGGGACAGGGACGAGAGCGUCUGGAUCGGGCUGCACCGGCGGCGCCAGGGCUGGCUCUGGGCUGACGGGUCCCCGCGGCACUACUGGGCCUGGGAGGGGGACGAUGGCCCUAAGGGACAUCCCUGCAUCGCCCUGGAGGACUCGGCAGGGUUCAUGGCCUGGGAGGGCGAGGCCUGUGGGGAGCGCAAACCCUUCAUCUGCAAAUACCCGGCCUAG